GGCUCCACCAACUUGGAGACGGCGAGACCUGCAGGAGUUACGUUCUGUAAUGAGGACCAACUGGAGAUAAACGACGGUGCAAUCAUGGUGGAUAUUACGUGUUUAUUAUUUACAGGUGUAUGUAAAACGCAAGUGAACUUUUCGAAGUGAGACAUGGACUUUGUGGAAAUUAUCUUCGCGUUGUUCAUUAUUGUGGUCGCAAUUGUCUCGUUGUUGUCGAACUUGCUGGUGCUGCUAUGUUUUGUCCAGAGCACCGAGAUCCGCCGACAGGUGCCGGGAAUAUUCACCAUGAACCUGUCUUUCUGCAACAUACUUAUCACCCUUUUGAACAUGCCAUCGACAUUGGUGGGGAUUAUCGGAAACCAGCAGCCUUUUGGGAAUUGCCUUUGCCAUACAGUGAGCUUUCUGGAGACCUUUUUGACUGCAAACACUAUGUUGAGUAUGGCAGCACUUAGUAUAGACCGCUGGAUAGCGGUGGUCUUUCCCUUGAGUUACUCCAGUAAAAUGCGCUACAAGGACGCAGUGAUCAUGAUGUGCUACUCGUGGCUCCACUCCCUCACGUUUUCCGUCAUCGCCCUCCUGUUCUCCUGGGUUGACUAUAGCCACAUUUACGCCUCGUGCACCUUGCAUUUGAGCGAGGAGAGCGACAGGAUGAAGUUUACAAUUUUCACCGUCGUUUUCCACGCCACUAGUUUCAUGCUCUCUCUAUUGAUCCUGUGCUUCACCUAUCUGAAGGUGUUAAAAGUUGCACGCUUCCACUGCAAGAGGAUUGACGUUAUAACCAUGCAGACCCUGUUCUUGCUGGUGGAUAUUCACCCAACUGUGAAACAAAGGUGCCUGGUAGAGCAAAAGCGGAGGAAACAGAGAGCCACCAAGAAAAUCAGCAUUUUCAUUGGGUCGUUCAUCAUCUGUUUUGCUCCCUAUGUUAUUACGAGGCUGACAGAGCUGCUUCCCUUCGUGGGCAUCAAUCGCCACUGGGGAAUCUUCAGUAAGUGCCUGACAUACAGCAAGGCUGCGUCCGACCCCUUUGCCUACUCCCUCCUGCGUCAACAGUACAAGAAGGUCCUGGUUACCGUCAUCAACCGGCUGCUGCGCCGUGACCUGUACCCAUCGUCUGGCCACAACAGCUCUCUGGACACAGAGAACGACUACUCUCUCCAUAGGAUCAGUUAAUAGCACCAUUUUGGACAUAACAAAUAUACCACAGACAGACAGCCCAAAAAUAAAGGUUUCCUUAUGGCAAAAGGGCAGGAGCUGAGAGAGAGAAGGUCAGAAAAGGGGAUUGUUGGAGAAGAAAAGAGAUAGUGAGAGAGAGGGAGAUGUUGUGGGAGGAAAAGCAAGAGGGGAGGAGUAGGAGUAGGAUAGAGGGAGACAGGAAAACCCGAGGGGUAGACAGAGGAAGAUGGUAAGAUGGACUGUGCAAAGAAUGAUCACAUUCGGGGACCAUGCUCCAGGCUUAUUGGUAAAAAAGGAAGUUUAUUGAUCUAUGGUUCACUGGUAGAACCACACACACACUCGAUGGCACAGAGCCAGAAUCAAAUGAAUCAAUGUUAUUGAAUCAGCCAGGGGCUCGGGUUGAAUCAUAAACGGAUGAAUCACACCACUAGAGACUGAAUUAUUGUCUUUGCUGAGUAGCAAGGUAUGCUAGUGGGCACUUAUCUACCAUAUUACAACCUCUUUAUAAAGAAGCUGACAUAGCCAAAUGUACAGACCUUUUGACACCCAUAUAGAACACAGGGAAGUGCUAUGAAGGUUAUUAAUUUCUUGUUGACAGAUGCACAUAACAUACAUGGUAGUACCAUAUGCCGACAGACUGUUGGAUGCGACGACUAACGAGGAACUCUGUACCGGUACGCUGAUUUUUCGUCACUGAUCAGUUGAACGAAUCACAAUUUCGCAGGUGCUCACAUCUUUCGAAUUUCGGUAGGGGAAGGGACAUUGGGCCCAUGGAGAUUGGGCCCAUGGAGGGGUGGCGACUUCGCUCGUCACGUUCGUAAAUUUUCUAUCACGUCUCCCCCCCAGAACUUAAUGGAGCAUUUGACGCAAUUACUCAAAAUGUUAGUUCUGGGUGCCCGAGUUUACAAGGUUAUGGACUGUUAACAGUGCAUAGGGAGGAUGGGAACGCUUAACAAGCUGCUGGCUAGUAGCCAUUGGGCCACUAGUGCAAUUUCUUGAAGUUAAAAUGUGUACUUGUCAAUGAAUGGUACUCGCUGUGGCAAGUACUGCUAAAUAGAUGGCCAUGUUAUGUAGACUAUGGACUGUGUUAGACUCAUUGGGUUAGACUACUACUGCAGUUGUUCACAAUUUCUUCAUGUCAAUCACUGGAAAUGAAUGCACUUUGUAUUUAUCUCAGAGCUACUAGUUACAGGAGCCAAAGGCAAAUAUCAUGUUUACUAUGAUAUUAGCAUGUUGUAACUGAAUGUACUACAUAAAGAUAAUUUUGACUGAAA